AUGCAAGAAGUGUGUGAUGCCAACAACUACAUCACAGAUGUGUAUGCAAACCAUCCUGGCUCCCCUCAUGACUCGCUUAUCCUCGCUAAUUCUCAGAUGGCAGCUGCGUUUCAGCGGGAUGACAGUCUGAGAGGAAAGCCGAUAAAUUUCCAAGACUGCUUCAUCAUGUCCAGGUCUUGGUCUAUCUCUACCUAUUAUGAAGAAGGUCAGCCUAAUGAUUCUGAAUUUCCACUAAUCCUGCCCAGAGGAAGUAGCCUGUUGCUGACGUGGUACACUUGCUUUUUUGACAAAGCGAUUCUCUUCACCGACUCUGGCACUUUUAUAACACACAAUGGAUUUUUGAAAAUAGAGGAGAUAAGAGUUGUUCUUGUUGGCAUACCCCCCCCUGCAUCAGGCUCCUUCACAGUAACUGAUGCAGCAUUCUUAGAAACUGGUAUUCUUUUCCUGAUAGAGGACCGUAUCUACAAAAGGGAAAGUACUAGAGAGCUCUGGCAAGUCGGGGAAGCACAAAAUAUUCCAGCCAGCGGAGUGCAGGGUCUACAGUCCCGAACAUCGUGCUCAACAAAUAACUACCCAAGUAUUAAUGUUGAAUUCAGCAAAGUGGCCGUGUGGACAGCAAAUGAAUUGUACCUGGGGAAUGAUAAAAAUAAAACUAAGUUUGUGAAGAAGGCAGACUUGGCCCUGUUUACAAAGAUUUUACGCUUACCAUCAAACUAUUCUGUAACAAUAACUGCAGUAGCUUACGGGUCUCGUCCUCCAGAGUUGGGGGUUUUAGUUGAGGCCUGCUACGUUUGUGACUCUACUGACAAGAGACUGUUUCUAAUCAUUUAUAACGAGGAGACAGAUACUUGGAUCCGGAGUGCCUUUUUAGCCAAGCUCAAACCUCACUCUGUGCCACAGGGCCCCUUUAAGAUGAAGUUUAUCCUGUCAGCGUGGCCUUCCCUAUUGCUCUGGAACGAUGAGCUCAUGUUCUACAGCUACAAAAACAACAGUGAAUAUGGCAACCUACAUAUGUCGGGCUCCUCAAACCUCAGACUGUUAUCUGGAGGCAGCAGGAUCCACCAAGUCAUUUUAGACGAUUCUUGGAAUGUAGUGGUGAAGAUGGCGAACAAUGUUUUUUUUUACUGCAAGGCUGGCAUGGAUGAGCUCAUCAGACUUCACAGUUGGGAAGAGAAAAGCACAAACAUGAUCUUUUACUUAAAUAACAAUGGACAUCUGUUAGUCCUUAAGUUUAAUGGGUCUAAACUUGAGCCACACAGAUAUCCUCUCGACAUGGAGGUUAAGAGUUCCAUAUCCACAGUCUGCACCUACUUGACCUUCCAGCACAGCAUGAACAAGCCCUGGUAUUUCAUUGAUAAGGGAGAACAACUGGAAUUUUGGGCUUUGAUCAUUUACCCAGAAAAUAUGGGUAUGAAUCUGCAGACAUUCGGCUACAGACUAGACUUGCUUCAAAUGAAAACCAGGACACAGUUUGAAAAUGCUUACCAAAUUUGUUCUAAAAACAUGACAAUAGCAUUCCACCAUGAUCGUGACUACAUCAACGCAGAGAAGUACACAGAACUCAUCAGCCAAACAAGUGGCAUUGCCACUUUUGAGAUGGUGCCCAAUGUACCUGGGAAUACUUGCGACCUGCCAGCCGACAGGGUAGUACAUAUACAUGUUGGUUGUAAUCCAAAAAGAAACAUCCGUGUUCAUAGACCUUGGGGAUUGCCUUGCAAAAUUAUGAAUUUUACAAAUUAUACUAUUCCGGGAUGGAAGCAGAGGAAUAUUAUUCUUAUUUCUUUCAGGUCUGUACUCCAGAUUCCUACAGAACAAGAUUUAGUGGUUGACUAUGAUUGGGAAAAAUAUGGCUGUCUGUUUAAUAUAUAUUACACUCAGCCUUUUCUGCCUUCCUUAGACUUAUAUGACGGUGAUGUCUUUCUGAAAAGUGUGGAUGCAAAUUUCAUAAUUUGGGAACAACAUGGUCGGACAGACUUCUCAUAUAAUGCUUCGAUGGAGGAGGCUUACUGUUUGCGUGAAGCACAAACCUGGAAGUCCAUGAUUGCAAUGAGCAGCAAUUUGUCAAAGAAAUCGAUAGGCGAAGCUUGGGGACCAAAUAAUUACAGAACCUGUUUUGAGGUGACACCUGGAAUUUUUGGGGACCUGGGACAGCCCUAUGAAAUCCUGAACAGAAGCGGCAACAAUUUCAUUACCUGGUCACAGGAGCAGAGUGGCAUUUAUGUCUUCAAUGUGAAGAUUCUGGAUCCUAACUUCAGUUUCUGUGACCUGAGGACAGUGUUUACUGUACAGACAUAUGGAGUUCUGACAAGCGACCAUUCCAUGCUAAUUGCAACUAUUGAGACCAUCUUUACAUUUGUUGUUUUCGGCAUACUUAUCUACAGCUACUUCCGAUAUGUGAAGAUUUUCAAUACAAUGUCUGUGAUUAACCCAAACCCGGAUGAAAAAGACAAGCAGCAGUAAACUUUUAGGACAACACUGAGGGCAAUUAUUACACUGUUCUGUUCAUGGUUAUUAGUUGAAUUGUUUUAGGUGAACUCUUGUUGUUAUAUUAUGAACUAGAGUAAAUCAUUCUGUUGUUACCUU